AUGGCGCAAAGACUCGUACUCGCAGCUUUGCUGUUGCCAUUGGCAACGGGCCAUCUCAACGUGCUCAUCAGCCAGGCCGAAGUCAAGAAGCUCCUAGGUUUAAAUGCAGAGCUGUACUACGUGCGCGAUGGCGUGGUAAACAAUUACGCAACGGGGUUCAUAGUACCUGUGCCGGCGCAUAUUGCUGAUUUGGAGUUUAUGUGGCAGUCUCUAGGAAGAAAACCGCUCCAGUAUGUGAUGGCCAUAGACUACGACAGUAGGGGAGCCAUGCUGCCGCCGCAGGUCAACAUUUCCGAGAGGGGUUUCGUUCCAACCAAGCUUCAGACUUUCAGGGUCCGUCUACCAUGCACGGGUGCCAGGAGCGCCGAAAUACUAGUGACGUUGCAGCUGAACAUCUCAUCUCCAGAUCGAGCGCAUAAGGACAUCAAAUUGUUAUUCAAACGGAACAAAAUCUGUUUGAAAGGCCACUCAACAGUUGUCACACAAAAUGACACAGCGCGAUUAGCCGGCGACGCGUCUAGAACCUCCGGCGGGAUUCUCUUCGCGGCUGGUGGCUGCGCGGCUGCUGCACUGGCCCUAUUAGCUGCGGCUGCUGCAGCUGGAACUUUGUACCGGCGAGGCAGCAAGCAGCGACAUCACGAUUCUAUACACACGUCGUAUACUACAGCAGCGUAUGGAAGUCACCAGAACGUUCUUCUAAGGCUCGACACACUCGGCAGACCACCCAGUUCCACAGGAUCCUACGCCACAAUAGCAAGUCUUCAUAAAUUUCCUUUCGGAAGCAGAAGAUCUCCGUCGCCGUAUGCAACUACCCAUAUUGGUGAACAUGUCUACGCCAAACCUGAAUCCAGAGUUUCAUACUACGCAGCUUCGAAUCUCACCCAAGUUUCACAGCAAACAGUUCCAAAAGAUCGAAUCACCGAUCCAGCAGAGCAACUUCGGCAUCUGACGACACCACGGUCGAAUAUAAGACUGGAGAUCUUAGUCCACGAAGGCACCUUCGGCAGGGUCUACAAGGGAGUGUUCAAGAGAGGUGGCGUUUACGAAGAAGUCAUUAUCAAAACUGUUACUGAAGCUGCAUCAGCCAUGCAAGCCGCGUUGCUGGUAGCCGAAGGUCUUCGAUUAACAGGGCUGAGUCACACCAACGUGCUGGCACCAAUGGCGGCCUGCGCUGAGGAGGCGAGAAGACCGCUUCUUGUAUAUUGCAGCGCUUCUCAUUCUUCUAAUCUAAAGAGGUUCCUGACCUCAUGUAGACUUGGCCAGCAAGCUGCGCCAGCAACUAGGGAGCUAGUGGACCUUGGCGCCCAAGUUGCGUGUGGUCUAGCGUACUUGCACGCACAGAGAUUUGUACACGCUGACGUUGCUGCUAGGAAUUGCGUUGUGGACGAGAAAUUGAGACUGAAAGUGGCGGAUAAUGGUCUAUCAAGGGAUCUUUUCCCUGAUGAUUAUCACUGCCUUGGAGACAACGAGAACCGACCCGUAAAGUGGAUGGCUCCGGAAAGUUUGCUUCAGAAUCAAUAUAACACUGCUUCUGACGUGUGGUCACUAGGAGUUACAUUAUGGGAAUUAGCCACUCUUGGAGCUGCACCGUUAGCAGAAUUGGACGCAGCUGAUGUCGGAGCUUUCCUCAGCGGAGGAUAUAGACCGACACAACCGCACAACUGCCCCGAUGAAUUGUACGGACUGAUGUCCUGGUGCUGGUCGACGGCGGCUCCAGCAAGACCUACAGCACCUCAGCUUCUUGCAGCUCUUCACGACUUUCGGCAAGCACUUAGUACUUACAUUUAAUUCUUGUAACAAAAGUAAUGAACAUAAAAUGCGUGCUAAGAUAUACUGCGCGACUAUGACGCAAAAUCCUUAUACUUAGAAUGUGAUUAUUGGUUAGUUUCGAUAUUCUAGGUUUUAAUAUUGAGUUAAAAUCUUGAUCCGAUUCAUACAUUACUGAUAUUGUCAAGCAAGUUAAAUCGGUGUUUUUGAAACGUUAUCUAGUACCUAGUUACUCUGAUUUUUGUAGUUUAACAGAAAUUUGUCAACAAAAUUCAAAUUAAUAUAUGCUUUUAGUUCAAUUUUUUACUAUACUAGCUGUACCUACAUAAAGAACUAAAACUAGACAUUUA